CUCCACACCAACCCUACCUACGACAUCCAAGCGAGACGCCACCGUAGACCGCGUCAUCGAACACCACCUCGGAGGAUGAGCGCACAAUAAACUCGCCAUGGAUUCGUUCAAGACGCUCCAGACAGAAAUCGCGGCCGCCCUGAAGGAGACCACCAAGUCUGCCUCUCUUAUAGGCGCCGCAGACAUCCCCUUUCAACGAUCGCUGAACCCAGACGCUGGCACGCAGCUCGACGCCCAAAAUGCGCGCCUCCUUCAUCUCGCGCAGCGGCUUCUCGAGAAUGCUGCUGCGAGCUCGGACGCUGUAGGUCCCAAGCUGCCCGACGUCGAAGCCAUAGACGCCAAUUGGAGGGGGGUUGUUGAUGUCAUCGACAGCUUGCUUGAGAAGGCCGACACCAGUCUCGAUGAGUACACAGGCGUUGUCAAGCGCUUGAGUCCCGCGACUGAGCAGGUACCUGUGAAACCACGCCCCAACAUUGCCGACAAAAAGAUCAUCGCGAAGCCGCAGCUCAAAUUCGAGCAUGCGCCUAGCAACAACGAGACUGGCGGCUUCCGCCCGUUGGUCACGUCCAAGCCCCAUGCGAAGAUCCCGCUAGAAGAAUGCUUGCAGACAUUCAAGGACAGGCGGGGACGGGAACAAUACCCCCACCCAUACCAGACCGAGAUUGAAACCUACGAGUAUCCUUCGACCGUAUACGAGUACUCCGAGCCGCAGCAAUACCCUCCCUUCGAAACUACCACCGCAACCUUGGUCGAUACUCCUGAAGCAUUAGCCACGAUGCUCUCUGAGCUAAAGACCGCAAAGGAAAUCGCCAUUGACCUGGAACACCACGACAACCGCUCAUACAUCGGCAUGGUCUCGUUAAUGCAGAUAAGCACACGCGAUAAGGACUGGAUAGUCGACACUUUGAAGCCCUGGCGGCGGAAGCUCGAAUGCCUGAAUGAGGUGUUUGCAGAUCCCAGCAUCCUGAAGGUUCUACACGGUGCAUACAUGGACAUUGUCUGGCUUCAGCGAGACCUGGGACUAUAUGUCGUCGGUCUUUUUGACACCUACCAUGCUGCUCGAGCCCUUGGUUACCCUGGUGCCAGUCUGGCAUAUCUACUCGAAAGGCAUGUCCAAUUUACGGCCCAGAAACAGUACCAGCUCGCAGAUUGGCGUGUGAGACCGCUCAGCAAGGAACUCUUCGAAUACGCACGCGCAGAUACUCACUUCCUCCUAUACAUAUACGACAACAUGCGCAACGAGCUAGUCGAGAAGUCUGACUUCUCUAACCCGGAGAAGAACAAGGUUCAAGAUGUACUUCAAAAGUCGAAAGAGACGGCCUUGCAACGCUACGAGCACCCUGUAUACGAUACCGAGAUGGGCCUUGGAACUGCUGGUUGGUACAAGCUCGUCUCACGCACGCCUGUGCAAUUUACCCCGCCACAAUUCUCUGUCUUCCGCGCCGUUCAUAGAUGGAGAGAUGAACUCAGCCGGAAAGAAGACGAAAGCCCGCUCUUCAUUAUGCCCAACCACGCCGUAUUCACAGUAGCUCGUAUGAUACCUGCGGACAAGGCUGCGCUCUUCAACGCAAUCCAACACGUAUCACAUAUCAUUCGAGCGCAUGCGGAUGAGCUCGUAGCUGUCAUCGCCAAGGCUAAAGAGGAGGGUGUCAAUGGACCGGAGCUGCACAACGUGCUUCAGACGAUUGCCGACAUGCAGAGGGCGGAAAGGGCCGAGUCAGAUGCUGCGAUCAAGGUAGCAGAGGUGACUGCAGCCCCAACUGUUGAGGCCUCUGUAUCUCAAAGCACUGUAGCUGUUCCAGCUUCCCGAGCUCCAUCUUCAGAAUUCUGGGGUGAACUUUGGAAAUCAAACCAGGUGUCACAACAGCCGGAAGUACCAACCAUCGACAUCGGCCUUGCUCUACCAUUACCACCUCUUACCGCCCAGGUCUUUGCGGAUGCAAAUGGAACGGCCCAAGCUACACCAAAAGCAGAGAAGCCACAGCACACCUUUGUACCGAAAGAAGAGAGACCAGCCGAGGACCAACGAACCGACACAUUUGUUGUCAAGCAUCUCGGUGGCCGCAAACGAAAGCGAGGAGACGCAGCAGAAGACCAGUCGAACACUGCCCCGGCCCUCGACCCCAUGACCAACGAUGAAAUCAUGCUAGACGCACCUGAAGAGACACCGGAAGCAAUCCGCGCACGUGAGAAAGCCGCUAGGAAAGCGGCACGUAAACAAAAGAAGAAGGAUGACGCUGCUGCGCAUGCCGCAGGUCUCAACUACGGCGACGAGCCUGCCUUUGACUACGCGAACGCGAAAUCAGUACUGCAUGCCGAAGACGGAGACGGGAAAAAGAAGAAAAGGGACAAGAAAAAGAAGAACACGAGCUUUGCGCCCUUCUCGGGUAUGACUGAUGCACCAAAGGGAUUGCCGAGGGCGCAGAAAGAAGUCGCAGGACGUAGCAAAACGUUCAAGUCAUAGACGUGGAAGCCUAGGAAGUCGAAGGAUAAUGGAUUGCUUUGCAUCUUUGCGUUCUUGUACAUAUACCUGCAUCAUGAUACCAACCUAGUUCUCCCGGUGUCAUAGGAAUUCAAAGAGAUCUGCCCUAUGGGGCUAAUGCA